UAAUGAGUUUAUUAACGCCACUGGAUUAAAGUCUUCAGUUGAAACUGCGCAUGUUCAAAUCCCCGUUAAAUGAAAACAUGGCGCUCGAGGAGCAGAAUGGAGAUUUUCCAUUUUUACCUUCGGGGGCUGCGGAGGUCAACAGGAUGAUUAAGGAGAACGGGAACCUGUUUUCUGAUUCCCAGUGCAAAGUCUGCAGUGCUGUUCUGAUUUCAGACUCCCAGAAACUAGCUCACUACCAGAGCAAGAAGCACGCGAACAAGGUCCGACGCUACAUGGGUCUACAGAAAGACGAGGAGCCCGCCAUCAAAAAGUUAAAGUCGCCUUCGUCCGACAGCGCCAGCAGUAACGGCCAAUCAGAGCGCUACAAAGCAUGUCAUGUGUGCAACAUGUCCUUCUCGUCCGCCGUGGUGGCGGAGUCUCACUACCAAGGCAAGGUGCACGCCAAGAACCUCAAACUGAAGACCUUUGGUCCCCAGGCUCCAGCCGCGGCCCCCCCGCCCCCGGCGGCCCCCCUGGUGAAGAGGAAGGUGGAGGAGACGGGUGGCGUGGCUCCGUCCCUAGGCCCCGCCCAGAACGACCCUGACCGCUUCUGCCCCAUCUGCCACGCCUCCUUCAACAAUCCCAUGAUGGCGCGGCAGCACUAUGUGGGCAAGAAGCACAAAAAACAGCUGACCAAGAUGAAACUCAUGGAGACGUACGGGCCCUCCUCAACCCCAGCCUCCACAGUCAAGGGCUACCCCUGCGCCGUGUGCAACCUGGAGCUCAACUCCGUGGAACAGUACCAGGCCCACAUCAGCGGCUCCAAACACAAGAACCAGGUGAAGAAAGUAGGCAGCUCGACGGCGUUCGUCGGCCCCUCAGAAAACCGGUCCCCACCGGAGAGCCAGCCCCGGGGGGAAGAGGAGGAACGUUACCCAGCAGAGAAGCAUCCCCAGCAGGCUGAGAACCAGCCAGACCCAGCCGGGACGGAGUGGGAAGCUUUCAACCGGGACUACGAGUGAAGGAGCCAGCUCCCCCUUCUCCCCCCCCCCCGACCCCCUGCUGUCCACCUGCCAGUCCCGUUGCCUGUUCUUGGAAGGGCUACCUUCUAAGAGGCUUGGACCCCACCCUCCCCCCACCCUCACACCUCCUAACCGGCCCCUCCCAUGGUUGAGGGACGAAUGUGACCCCUAACCCUGUAACCCUUCCAAUGCCCCCCCCCCAUUUAAUUUCAGCAACAUCAUCAACCAGAGGACCAUCAGUUACAUGUUG